AUGGAAAUUAUCCAGUCCAAUUAUCCAAAUUUUCACAAUGGUAAGUUAGGAUGUGACCUUGAAACUGGGGGCAGAUGUGCAAACAGCAACUCAGGGGAGGAGGCUAACGUGGAAGGAGGCAAGCCACCCAGCAGCUCAGGGGAGGAGGCUAACGUGGAAGGAGGCAAGCCACCCAGCAGCUCAGGGGAGGAGGCUAACGUGGAAGGAGGCAAGCCACCCAGCAGCUCAGGGGAGGAGGCUAACGUGGAAGGAGGCAAGCCACCCAGCAGCUCAGGGGAGGAGGCUAACGUGGAAGGAGGCAAGCCACCCAGCAGCUCAGGGGAGGAGGCUAACGUGGAAGGAGGCAAGCCACCCAGCAGCUCAGGGGAGGAGGCUAACGUGGAAGGAGGCAAGCCACCCAGCAGCUCAGGGGAGGAGGCUAACGUGGAAGGAGGCAAGCCACCCAGCAGCUCAGGGGAGGAGGCUAACGUGGAAGGAGGCAAGCCACCCAGCAGCUCAGGGGAGGAGGCUAACGUGGAAGGAGGCAAGCCACCCAGCAGCUCAGGGGAGGAGGCUAACGUGGAAGGAGGCAAGCCACCCAGCAGCUCAGGGGAGGAGGCUAACGUGGAAGGAGGCAAGCCACCCAGCAGCUCAGGGGAGGAGGCUAACGUGGAAGGAGGCAAGCCACCCAGCAGCUCAGGGGAGGAGGCUAACGUGGAAGGAGGCAAGCCACCCAGCAACUCAGGGGAGGAGGCUAACGUGGAAGGAGGCAAGCCACCCAGCAACUCAGGGGAGGAGGCUAACGUGGAAGGAGGCAAGCCACCCAGCAGCUCAGGGGAGGAGGCUAACGUGGAAGGAGGCAAGCCACCCAGCAGCUCAGGGGAGGAGGCUAACGUGGAAGGAGGCAAGCCACCCAGCAGCUCAGGGGAGGAGGCUAACGUGGAAGGAGGCAAGCCACCCAGCAGCUCAGGGGAGGAGGCUAACGUGGAAGGAGGCAAGCCACCCAGCAGCUCAGGGGAGGAGGCUAACGUGGAAGGAGGCAAGCCACCCAGCAGCUCAGGGGAGGAGGCUAACGUGGAAGGAGGCAAGCCACCCAGCAGCUCAGGGGAGGAGGCUAACGUGGAAGGAGGCAAGCCACCCAGCAGCUCAGGGGAGGAGGCUAACGUGGAAGGAGGCAAGCCACCCAGCAGCUCAGGGGAGGAGGCUAACGUGGAAGGAGGCAAGCCACCCAGCAGCUCAGGGGAGGAGGCUAACGUGGAAGGAGGCAAGCCACCCAGCAGCUCAGGGGAGGAGGCUAACGUGGAAGGAGGCAAGCCACCCAGCAGCUCAGGGGAGGAGGCUAACGUGGAAGGAGGCAAGCCACCCAGCAGCUCAGGGGAGGAGGCUAACGUGGAAGGAGGCAAGCCACCCAGCAGCUCAGGGGAGGAGGCUAACGUGGAAGGAGUUGCAUCUUCAGGCCUGAAAAUGUUGCCAGCAACACUAAAAAGUCUUCCUACAGAUGCAGAUGAGGCAGAAUGGGAGAAGUAUGAAAAGAGUUUGAUGCAUUAUCUUAGUGGAGGUGAUGUAGCCAUGUCAGCAGCUCUUGGCAGCAGGGAGGUCACCUCUUCAAUCAGCAGCUCCUUCAUGCUGUGCACGUCCUCACCCUUGCACCAGUCCAGCUUGCAGCCAUCUUAA